AAACGUCGAGCGACUGCCUCCCAGGGCGACUUGAUAUCUUCAUAGCUCCUCACAAUCGGCUGGACCUCAUGUGGCCAGAAUCUUGUCCUGGAAAAUCACUAGAACCAACCCGAAACAAGAAGUUCGCUGAGUCGGCUGCAGGUUUAUGUUCCAGAGUAGAACUACUACACAAACAUUAAUUAUAAGUACUCAUACGUAGCAGGUACAGGUAGGAUUUGAUUUAUGUUUGCAAAAUUUGAAAGGAAUUCGUUGGACUAGUUAAAGCUAUUGUUGCAGUGGUCACCACGAAGAGCUUCAAACAUUUAAUUAACUUUCGUACGCGCACCAUCGUUUCUCUACCAGCAUUCUUCAUACUCGCUCGUCUCGUCUUUGAUGUUUGGCCCCGGGGCUGCAUCUGAAUCCCAAGUGCUCACAUUAUCGCCUACUGCGCCUUUCCAGCUGGACAGCCGUAGUGAUCAGACUUCUGUGCGUGACGUCGGCGACGUAAACUUGCCGGCACCCUACAGCUUCGACCUUACCAGGGUGGCCGCGGACAAGUUUCCUCCG